UCCCGAUCGGGGCCGAAUGCGAUGUAAACAUUGCGAAUGUUGUCGCUGAUCACGACGUUGUGUGGAUGUUUCUCGCGUUGUUUUAUACAUAUAGCGUGUCAGUGAGUGAUAAUGAACUGUCAACGAAUGGUCACACAGUAUUCUUAAGCUACAAACAAAUGACACGAAGGGAAACGCAAUCUAAACCAUGUUCAGGCGCUCCUGUCUGUGAUCACAUGUUUAUCAGAUGAAACUGCAGAGGACGUCACGGCCAGGUAAGGCCGAGGCCAAAUUACUGGGCGGCGUUAUAUUCAUAUGCAAAGUGACAGUAGCUUCAAGAUCAGGAUAGAGGCAACAUGAGCAGCUCCAUACCACCAUGUUUACUAUCUCCUCAACGGGACAGAGCUCCAGAUGACUCGGACAUGGACCUGGUAUCAACUAGUGAUGGCAGUCCAGUCAUACGGGUCGGUCGCCAGAAUCACACGAGACGACUCAGUGGCUCAACCAUAUUUACUUCGUCAGAAUUGACAUCCGACUCUUGUACAACUGCACCUGGCAAAUUCACUGAUUCCUGGUCAGAUUCUACCGAUGACUUAAGAGGGGAGAACAUUUGUGGUAGAGGCAGAAGAAAGAGAUCAUAUUCCGGGUCUAACUGUCAUGCCGGGAGACCAAGGCACAGGAGCAGAUCCAUGUCAUGCUCUAGAUCUCCAUCAAGGCGGAGGUCAUGUUCAAGGUCUAACUUCCAUGUCAGAAGGCGAAGGAGAAGAUCCAUGUCAUGCUCUAGAUCUCCAUCAAGGCGGAAGUCAUGUUCAAGGUCUAACUUGCAUGUCAUAAGGCGAAGGAGAAGAUCAAUGUUAGACAAUAGAUCCCCUAUAAGACAAAUUCCCUAUUCAAGAUCUAACUCCCAUACAAGACGAAGCAGAUCAACAUCAGGCCAUAGAUCCCCUCCAAGGCAAAGAUCAAAUUCAGGAUCUAACUCCCAUACAAGACGAAGCAGAUCAACAUCAGGCCAUAGAUCCCCUCCAAGGCGAAGAUCAAAUUCAGGAUCUAACUCACAUGAAAGACGAAGCAGAUCAACAUCAGGCCAUAGAUCCCCUCCAAGGCAAAGAUCAUAUUCAGGAUCUAAGUCACAUGAAAGACAAAGAAGCAGAUCAAUAUCAGGCCAUAGAUCCCCUCCAAGGCGAAGAUCAUAUUCAGGAUCUAAGUCACAUGAAAGACGAAGAAGCAGAUCAAUAUCAGGCCAUAGAUCCCCUCCAAGGCGAAGAUCAUAUUCAGGAUCUAACUCAUAUGCAAGACGAAGAAGCAGAACAAUAUCAGGCCAUAGAUACCCUCCAAGGCAAAGAUCAUAUUCAGGAUCUAAGUCACAUGAAAGACGAAGAAGCAGAUCAAUAUCAGGCCAUAGAUCCCCUCCAAGGCGAAGAUCAUAUUCAGGAUCUAACUCAUAUGCAAGACGAAGAAGCAGAACAAUAUCAGGCCAUAGAUACCCUCCAAGGCGAAGAUCAUAUUCAGGAUCUAAGCCACAUGAAAGACAAAGAAGCAGAUCAAUAUCAGGCCAUAGAUCCCCUCCUAGGCGAAGAUCAAAUUCAGGAUCUUACUCAUAUGAAAGACGAAGAAGCAGAUCGAUAUCAGGCCAUAGAUCCCCUCCAAGGCGAAGAUCAUAUUCAGGAUCCAAGUCACAUGAAAGACGAAGAAGCAGAUCGAUAUCAGGCCAUAGAUCCCCUCCAAGGCAAAGAUCAUAUUCAGGAUCUAAGUCACAUGAAAGACGAAGAAGCAGAUCAAUAUCAGGCCAUAGAUCCCCCCCAAGGCGAAGAUCAAAUUCAGGAUCUAAGUCACAUGAAAGACAAAGAAGCAGAUCAACAUCAGGCCAUAGAUCCCCCCCAAGGCGAAGAUCAUAUUCAGUAUCUAACUCAUAUGCAAGACGAAGAAGCAGAACAAUAUCAGGCCAAAUAUCACAUGGGCAGAGAUCUUAUUCAGGAUCUUACUCACAUGAAAGACGAAGCAGAUCAAUAUCAGGCAACAGGUCCCAUCGAAGACAGAGAUCAGUUUCAGAAUCCCCUUCAUCAGGCGGUACCAAGGUGACAGCUCAACACAUUUAUGUGAGAAGGUGGUCCAGGAAAAGGUCAGGAUCAGGUUCAAAAUCAAGUUCACCAGACUCUUUGGAUGUGUCAGGACCAACGUCCCCAAAGAAGAGAAAGGUCAGUGGCAGUCCCACCCCUGGGUCAGAUAUGACUAAAACUUUAAACGUGAAACAGAUUCUUGAUGAGGGAAAACUAUCUGAGAUGAAAAGAAGGCAAAGAGCUUCAACUGACCUUCAGGAACUGAAUCUUACAAGCAGUUUUGAACCUUCAGCAGUCAAUAUUUCACAGCCACAGACAGUUGGGAUAUCCCUGAGAACGUCACAAGAGAAAGACCAAAGAGAUAACACUCAUGUUUCAGAGAGAAGUUGUCAGUUGCCCAGCAACCCAUAUGACAACUCUAACCUUGAUAUUGUCUCGUUGUCCUCUUAUGACUCAGAGUUGCCUAGAAGAGUGUCUCCAGUAAUGAAAACUACAGAUAUGCCUUAUGCUCCCACUUUAUUCUCUUCAAACAAUAUGUCAGUGUCAUUAUCAGGUGUACAUACUGCAGGACAUGGACAGACAGGCUCUAUAAGGAUGAGAUCAACGUCCCCACAAAGUCCAGCAAGAUCACUGACAACAUCCAGAGCAGUGACCGCUGAAACAGCAACACAGGGGAGAGAGCUAACUACAACCCGAAGUCCCAGUUCACGAUCUGUACUAAGAAAUGGAAAAACUAGAUCAGAGUCCAGAGAAAGAUCUUAUUCAGGAGCCAUGGCACAGUUGCGAUACUCCACGAGACAGAGAUCACCCUCUAGAAUAACAAGGUUAUAUUCAAGUCCUAAAUCACAUGCCAAAAGACGAAGAUUGAACAGAAGAAGAUCGAUAUCAGGCUCUAACUCAUCUACAAGAUGGAGAUCAUAUUCAGGAUCUAACUCACAUAAGAGAAGAAGAAGAAGAUCGAUAUCAGGCUCUAACUCAUCUACAAGACGGAGAUCAUACUCAGGAUCUAACUCACAUAAGAGAAGAAGAAGAAGAUCGAUAUCAGGCUCUAACUCAUCUACAAGACGGAGAUCAUACUCAGGGUCUAACACACAUGAGAGAAGAAGAAGAAGAAGAUCGAUAUCAGGCUCUAACUCAUCUACAAGACGGAGAUCAUAUUCAGGGUCCAUCACACAUGAGAGAAGAAGAAGAAGAAGAUCGAUAUCAGGCUCUAACUCACCUACAAGACGGAGAUCAUAUUCAGGGUCCAUCACACAUGAGAGAAGAAGAAGAAGAAGAUCGAUAUCAGGCUCCAGUCAGGCUUUGGUGCAGAACACCAGUUCUCAGUCAUCAGAACCUGUCGACCUGGAGUUGUUUCCCUUUGUCAAGAAUGAGGAUAUCAAGUACUUUGGACGUCUGCUUAGAAGUAUCAAUUUGUCAAGUCCUGGAAUCUCCCAGACAGAGGUUGAAAAGAGACACCUGAUAGGAAUAGUGCUGAAAAUCAAGAAUGGACCACCUGCAACUGCACAGGAAGCAACGACAGAGUUACAGAAGAUGGCCAAGACUGGCGGGUGCUGUGAAUUGUUCAAUCUUCUGUUGCCGAUGAUAUUUCACACCCUGUGGCAGGACGAACGCGAAGAAACCAUGCAGAAACUAAUAGAAUCUAUAGAUGCUGUCAUUUAUAAAGCCGGAGGCAAAGCUCGUCCAUACAUCGACAAACUUCUCUUAGUUUUUCAAGCAGGUCUGUGUGGAACACGUCAGAUGAAACUAAUAGCUUGCAGGAUGGUUUCUAAACUCACAAAGGUGUUCGGCACGAGGGAAAUACUGUCACAUCUUACACCAGAUCUAGACUCCCCUUCAGCCGUUGUCCCAAAUACAAACGGUUAUACUGUGGCCAUCAUUGCUGAGACUGCUGGACUUGGCGCUGUCCUGCCGUACGUCAAGACAUUGUGUGACAGCGAACUGCCUGCAAUAAAAGAGGCUGGGUUCUCCACCAUUCAGACUAUCGUCCAUCUUUUGAAGAAGGGCGUUCAACCACACAUCAAGCCACUGAUGGGACAUUUACAACCAGAUCUACAGCACACCAAGUUCUUUGUUCAGAGACACUGGGCAGAAGCUGUUGCAUCCGUGGCGUCCAUGGCAACCAAGGAGGAUUACCCAGCAUUCUCUGCCAUAUGGGACCAUCUGUUGGACAGGUAUCGUAACAACUCACAGGUACUGACAGUGUUUGAGCAAUCAGCAACAUUCAACAUCAUUUUCUUGAAGCCAAGUCUCACCAAAGAAGAACACGACAUUAUCUGUGAUGUGUUCACCAAGUCCUGUGAGAGCCCCGAUGAACGCAUGAGGACUAACUCUGCAAAGAUGCUGUGCAAACUAAGUCUCAGCACGCUUGUUGCGGAUGAUGUCUUUGACCAGAAGUUCCUCCGUCCCUUCCUGCAGCAGUCUCUCCUUCCUAGUACAGCCAUGACGUCACAUGACCAGUUCUGUAAGAUUUGCGUAAGAUCAGCCAGGAGACUCAGUGCUGGGAAGGUGUGCACAUACAUUGUUGAUGGCCUCUUCAAACGAGAUGGCUUCCUUCCAGUAACUGAUGCUCUCGCCGCCAUCUUGCAGAAACAUGGACUGAGUCAGAUCACAUAUCACACCGAGAGAAGGAUUAUUUUGGGAUUAAUGUGUGCUGUGAAAGUCCAGACAUUUCAGAGUGACGAUAAGAUGGUGACCUCCAUUGAGAAGAUAAUAAAGCUGCUGAGAAGAAGACUCUGUUUCCAUACACAGGACAUCCAACAGAUGCUGGCUUCCGCCACGGCCACAUCUUCAGCAGCCCAGCGGAGUCCCCUGAAUCAGCUCCUGAUGAACCUCCAGGGCCUCUGCAGCCAGGACCAGAUGACCUCGGAGCUUGUGUUGGACGGAUGUGUGCGAAGCAUGACAGAGUGUUUGUGAUGUCAUUGUGACUGAUGAAAUCAAAGUGUGUGAUCAGCACUGCGGUGUUAAAACUGUACAGGCAAUGUUAAAUCUGGGAACCUGCUCCAAAUGUGUGAUUGAUAUCAUUGAUGCUGUAUUAUAUCUGGGAACCUGCUUCAAAUGUGUGAUUGAUAUCAUUGAUGCUGUGUUAAAUCUGGGAACCUGCUCCAAAUGUGUGAUUGAUAUCAUUGAUGCUGUGUUAUAUCUAGGAACCUGCUUCAAAUGUGUGAUUGAUAUCAUUGAUGCUGUGUUAAAUCUGGGAACCUGCUCCAAAUGUGUGAUUGAUAUCAUUGAUGCUGUGUUAAAUCUGGGAACCUGCUCCAAAUGUGUGAUUGAUAUCAUUGAUGCUGUGUUAAAACUGAGAACAUGCUCCAAAUGUGUGAUUCAUAUCAUUGAUGCUGUAUUAUAUCUGGGAACCUGCUUCAAAUGUGUGAUUCAUAUCAUUGAUGCUGUGUUAAAUAUGGGAACCUGCUCCAAAUGUGUGAUUGAUAUCAUUGAUGCUGUGUUAAAACUGAGAACAUGCUUCAAAUGUGUGAUUGAUAUCAUUGAUGCCUUGUUAAAUCUGGGAACCGGCUCUAAAUGUGUGAUUGAUAUCAUUGAUGCUGUGUUAUAUCUGGGAACCUGCUUCAAAUGUGUGAUUGAUAUCAUUGAUGCUGUGUUAAAUCUGGGAACCUGCUCCAAAUGUGUGAUUGAUAUCAUUGAUGCUGUGUUAAAACUGAGAACAUGCUUCAAAUGUGUGAUUGAUAUCAUUGAUGCUGUGUUAAAUCUGGGAGCCUGCUCCAAAUGUGUGAUUGAUAUCAUUGAUGCUGUGUUAAAUCUGGGAACCUGCUCCAAAUGUGUGAUUAAUAUCAUUGAUGCUGUGUUAAAUCUGGGAACCUGCUCCAAAUGUGUGAUUGAUAUCAUUGAUGCUGUAUUAUAUCUGGGAACCUGCUCCAAAUGUGUGAUUGAUAUCAUUGAUGCUGUGUUAAAUCUGGGAACCUGCUCCAAAUGUGUGAUUGAUAUCAUUGAUGCUGUGUUAAAACUGAGAACAUGCUUCAAAUGUGUGAUUGAUAUCAUUGAUGCUGUGUUAAAACUGAGAACAUGCUUCAAAUGUGUGAUUGAUAUCAUUGAUGCCUUGUUAAAUCUGGGAACCUGCUCCAAAUGUGUGAUUGAUAUCAUUGAUGCUGUGUUAAAUCUGGGAACCUGCUCCAAAUGUGUGAUUGAUAUCAUUGAUGCUGUGUUAAAACUGAGAACAUGCUCCAAAUGUGUGAUUGAUAUCAUUGAUGCUGUGUUAAAACUGAGAACAUGCUUCAAAUGUGUGAUUGAUAUCAUUGAUGCCUUGUUAAAUCUGGGAACCUGCUCCAAAUGUGUGAUUGAUAUCAUUGAUGCUGUGUUAAAUCUGGGAACCUGCUCCAAAUGUGUGAUUGAUAUCAUUGAUGCUGUGUUAAAUCUGGGAACCUGCUCCAAAUGUGUGAUUGAUAUCAUUGAUGCUGUGUUAAGUCUGGCAACCUGCUCCAAAUGUGUGAUUGAUAUCAUUGAUGCCUUGUUAAAUCUGGGAACCGGCUCCAAAUGUGUGAUUCAUAUCAUUGAUGCUGUAUUAUAUCUGGGAACCUGCUUUAAAUGUGUGAUUGAUAUCAUUGAUGCUGUGUUAAAUCUGGGAACCUGCUCCAAAUGUGUGAUUGAUAUCAUUGAUGCUGUGUUAAAACUGAGAACAUGCUUCAAAUGUGUGAUUGAUAUCAUUGAUGCCUUGUUAAAUCUGGGAACCUGCUCCAAAUGUGUGAUUGAUAUCAUUGAUGCUGUGUUAAAUCUGGGAACCUGCUCCAAAUGUGUGAUUGAUAUCAUUGAUGCUGUGUUAAAUCUGGGAACCUGCUCCAAAUGUGUGAUUGAUAUCAUUGAUGCUGUGUUAAAACUGAGAACAUGCUUCAAAUGUGUGAUUGAUAUCAUUGAUGCUGUGUUAAAUCUGGGAGCCUGCUCCAAAUGUGUGACUGAUAUCAUUGAUGCGGUGUUAAAUCUGGGAACCUGCUCCAAAUGUGUGAUUGAUAUCAUUGAUGCCUUGUUAUAUCUGGGAACCUACUUCAAAUGUGUGACUGAUAUCAUUGAUGCUGUAUUAUAUCUGGGAACCUGCUUCAAAUGAGUGAUUGAUAUCAUUGAUGCUGUGUUAAAUCUGGGAACCUGCUCCAAAUGUGUGAUUGAUAUCAUUGAUGCUGUGUUAAAUCUGGGAACCUGCUCCAAAUGUGUGAUUGAUAUCAUUGAUGCUGUGUUAAAUCUGGGAGCCUGCUCCAAAUGUGUGACUGAUAUCAUUGAUGCUGUGUUAAAUCUGGGAACCUGCUCCAAAUGUGUGACUGAUAUCAUUGAUGCUGUGUUAAAUCUCGGAGCCUGCUCCAAAUGUGUGACUGAUAUCAUUGAUGCUGUGUUAAAUCUGGGAACCUGCUCCAAAUGUGCAAUUCAUGUUAUAGUCGUAAUUAAUGUUAAAGAUACCAGGUAGCUCUGAAUUAAGUCCAGUCAAAAUGGAUUUCUAGUCAAAAUGGCACUAAGUUU